AUGGCGGCCCCACCCACCUUCAAGCUCGUUCUCGUUGGAGACGGCGGCACUGGCAAGACCACCUUCUUAAAGCGCCAUCUUACUGGUGAAUUCUGUGGUAUCAUCAUGUUCGAUGUCACUUCCCGCAUUACCUACAAGAACGUCCCGUCUUGGCAUCGUGAUCUCGUCCGUGUUUGUGAAAAUGUACCUAUCGUCCUCUGCGGUAACAAGGUCGACGUCAAAGAGCGGAAAGUGAAGGCCAAGACUAUCACUUUCCACCGCAAGAAGAACCUCCAAUACUACGAUAUCUCUGCUAAAUCCAACUACAACUUCGAGAAACCUUUCUUGUGGCUCGCAAGAAAGCUCGUUGGAAACCCUGGCCUGGAAUUUGUUGCCGAUAUUGCCCUCGCACCACCCGAGACAACUGUUGACCCGGCUGCGAUCGCUGCAGCCGAAGAGGAAAUGAGGCAAGCCGCCCAGAUGCCUCUUCCUGACGAGGAUGAUGCCGAUUUUUAA